ACGCUACUGCCAUGCGUCUGGUGUUCCCGAACCCCGGGCUGGAGGAGCGCAUACCCAGCCAUGCCCAGCUGGAAAAGCUGGAGGUGGAGGAGGCGGACAGCCGGCCCAAAUGGGACAACAAGGCCCAGUAUCUACUCACCUGCGUGGGCUUCUGUAUCGGGCUGGGCAACGUCUGGAGGUUCCCUUACCUGUGCCAGAGUCAUGGAGGAGGAGCGUUCAUUAUCCCCUACAUGAUCCUAUUGGUCCUGGAGGGCACGCCCCUCCUCUACCUGGAGUUUGCCAUUGGCCAGAGACUCAGAGGGGGCAGUGUGGGGGUCUGGAGGUCCAUCAGCCCCUACCUCACUGGAGUCGGGAUCGCCUCUAUGAUGGUGUCCUUCCUGGUGGCCCUCUACUACAACACCAUUCUCUCCUGGGUCAUGUGGUACUUCUUCAACUCCUUCCAGAACCCGUUGCCAUGGAGCCAGUGUCCCAUUAACGACAACAGAACAGCUCUGGUGGAGGAGUGCGCCAAGAGCUCCUCGGUGGAUUACUUCUGGUACAGGGAGACCCUGAACACCUCGGCCACCAUCGACGACUCUGGAGGACUGAUGUGGUGGCUGGUGCUGGUGUCCUUCUCAGCCUGGACCAUUCUCUACAUCUGCUGCUUAAGGGGGAUCGAGUCCACUGGCAAGGCGGUCUAUGUGACUUCAACUCUUCCGUAUGUGGUGUUGGCCAUCUUCCUGAUCCGAGGAUUAACCCUUAAAGGAUCCACCAGUGGCAUAGUGUUCCUCUUCACCCCAGAUGUGAACGAGUUGAUGAAUCCUCAAACCUGGCUGGAUGCUGGAGCUCAGGUGUUCUACUCGUUUGGUCUGGCCUGGGGAGGGCUCAUCUCCUUCUCUAGCUACAACUCUGUGCACAACAACUGUGAGCUGGAUGCCAUCAUCAUCUCCAUAGUAACGGGCUGCACAUCGCUCUAUGCUGCCAUCGUCAUCUACUCCAUUAUUGGGUUCCGAGCUACAGAGAAGUACGACGAUUGCCUCGGCGGGAAUAUCCUGGCGCUGCUGAAUGCGUUUGACAUGGCCGAGGGAAGCAUCACACUGGACAACUAUGACUCGCAUCUCACGAAUCUCACCAGCAUCUCUCCAGGCAUCAUCGAGGGAUUACAGCUGAAGACCUGUGAAAUGCAGACCUUCCUCAGUGAGGGUGUGGAGGGGACUGGCCUGGCCUUUAUCGUCUUUACGGAGGCCAUCACCAAGAUGCCCAUCUCCCCUCUCUGGUCCGUGUUGUUCUUCGUCAUGCUCUUCUGCCUCGGCCUGUCCAGCCUAUUCGGCAACAUCGAAGGGGUGGUGGUGCCGCUGCAAGACCUCAAUGUCCUUCCUAAGAAAUGGCCCAAGGAGGCUUUCACAGGUCUGACGUGUCUAGUUUCCUUCAUCAUUGCUUUGAUCUUCUCUCAACGCUCGGGAAACUACUGGGUGACUUUGUUUGACACCUUCGCUGGCUCCAUACCUCUACUCACCAUCGCCUUCUUUGAAAUGAUCUCAGUUGUGUACAUAUAUGGAAUAGACAGGUUUAACGCGGACAUGGAGUUCAUGAUCGGCCACAAGCCCAACAUCUUCUGGCAGGCUACCUGGAGGUUCAUCAGUCCCCUGCUGGUGCUGGCCAUAUUCAUAGCCUACUUCGUCUCCCAGGUGACAAAAGAGCUCACCUACGCUGUAUGGGACCCCAGCUAUGUAGACUUCCCGAAAUUGGCCAGACUAACGUAUCCUGGAUGGAUUUACGUCAUUAUCUUCAUACUGGCUGGGGUGCCUAGUUUGGCUGUUCCGGUGGUGGCGCUUUAUAAAUACAUACGGAUCCGUUGCAGCGGAGGACACUGAUGUUAAAAGCCUUCAAGGGGUAUGCCACUAUUUUGGGGCUUAUUGUAAUACGAUUGAAAUCAUUGCCCUGGGUUUAUAAAGGUGGCAAAGUGUCUUAU